AUGUCCAUGUGCGACCACUCCCAAGGCACAAUCCUCUUUCCGACCCUUCGCACACUGUCCUUCCCCACCCACCAUUUCAUGCUUGACAUCAUCCUCGAUGGACCCACACCACGUGCAUUUACAUUCCCCAGUGUCGUCCAUGACACCAUUUCGAAUCACAGAAGCAGUGGCCCACCACUCACCCCUCCUGAGCCGAGUCCGUCCACACCUUCCACUUCACCCUCUCCCUUCGAGCCAGAACGUCCCAGAGAUACUCCUUUACAGUCAUCCACAACUACUACUCAGUUCACUGCACCUCCGAUUGCGAGACGUAGUCAGAGCAUGCAACGCGCACGUACACAGUUUCGUCUGCAGCCCAAAUCAGCGGCUUUAACGCUCCGGAUCUCAACCCUAGUGCACCACUCUUCCUUGCUGCACACCUUCGCGGUGCAUCUAUCUCUUCUUCUCUUCUCGUAUCCGCCCACGCUAACGACCCUCUCCCCCCUAGCAAGUCACCCUCCAACCUGUCUCACAAGCGCAACGUCAACCUCCACAAUCCAUACAACCUCACGACGCUCACCGUACGCGCACGCAAUUCAACUUGCAGGGCCGAGCGACGACCGAAGCGUAGUGACGAAGACUACAUCAACCGGCCCAAAAACGCAUUCAUCCCCUUCCAUCGUGAAUGCCGUUUUGAAAAAGAAAGAGGUAGAGGCUGUAGCGGCUGCAGAAGGCGAUCCUGUCACACGGCGUCAGCGUCAAGCAGACCUGUCCAAGACGAUCUCAAAUCGAUGGUGUUUGCUUUCUGCAGAGGAACGUAAAUACUGGGACGAUCUUGCGAAGCAGUGGGAGAAGGGCACAAAGAGGUGUGGUCUUGAGCGUAAUUAG